GUUACAUAUAACCAAUCAGAGUAACAGAGUUGCCCCUGUGUCGUUCUGGGACUCUUAAACAACACAGAGUAUUAUACUUGCAGUUGCAUUCACAGUGAUACUACUUGAAGCGUAAAAGACAGACUACUGAAAUUGAUUUUUACACCGGAGUAAACAAAUAUUUUAUGUUCGACUAUACUACUGUGUAUGUUAAUUAUAAAACAUGAAUAGCUUCGAACAAAUAAUUAACGAAUUAGAAAAGGCUGCACAAGUAAUUUUAGUAUCACCAAAUUUGAUCACAACAGAACAACGACGAUCUGCAGAGGAAGUUUUUUUAAAUUUUCGGAAAACUAAAUCUCCUUAUCAGCUCUGUCAGCAAAUUUUAGAAACAAAUACAAAUGAUUACAUCCUUUUUGAGACAGCUGGUCUUUUAAAGUUAGCAUUGACACGAGAAUGGUCAAGUUUAUCAAACCAAGAUAUUUGUUCUUUAAAACAGUACCUUUUAAACUAUUUAAUAAAUAAACCACAUUUGACUACAUACGUCAAAGGAAAUAUAUUGCAAGUUAUUGCAAUCAUAAUAAAAAAUGGUAGACUUAAUGAUUCUGGACAAAAACAGCAAGAAUUUUUAAAUGAAAUUGAAAACCUAAUAAUGACUGGUGAUUUACCAAAAAAAGUUUUAGGCUGUAAUCUUAUAUCAGCUUUAUUACAAGAAUAUGCGUUAGAUAAAUCUUUAGAUCUAGAUUUAGAUCUAGAUUUCAUAUUGGACACUGGUUGCAAUGAGAGGAAAGAGUUUAUAAAUGUUACUUUAAAAAGAAUUUUUAAGUUCAGUCUUGAAAUAUUUAACGAAUUAAUUAAAAAGGAUAUAUCAGAAGAAACGCUGGUGCUUCUCAAAUAUUUGCUUCCAAUUGUUGAAAGCAUACUUACUUGGCAGUUCAGCUACGCGAAUGAAACUGUAGAGCUGUUUUUUACGUUAUAUUGGAAAAUCCGAGGUAAUCUACAAGUAGCCCGUUCAGCAAGAACUUGUUUGGUACAACUGGCAAGUUUAGGUGGUCCAAUAUUUUCAUCUAAAGAAAUCAGGGCCCAAUAUUUCUCUAAUUAUAUUCGGAGGUUUCUGGAAUUUAUCACAAAUAUUGAUGUCAUUGAUGAAGAAGCAUCUGCAAUUGCUGAUAUUGUAAGCAAUUUGACUAGAGCAAUUCAUGAAAAUAUUGUAUCUUUACCUGAAGAUAUAUUAAAAGCAUUUUUGGAACAAAUAUGCAGACUAAUUUGUUUAUAUAUAGAAAACUCAGCGCAAGAAGAAUUUUUGUGCUCAAGCGAAUGUUCAUACUCGGAAGGCUUGGAUGUUUUAUUCGCAACAUGGAUACAUAUUACAUCGAGGAAUACACCUGAUACAAGAAUGAUGAGACUAAAAACAUCUGACAAACUAAUUUUGGUGUCUGAUGGAUUUGUUAAACCAAUUUCUAUGCAAAUAUUUAACGUAUAUCUUCAGUGUCACUUAUGUACACCAGAUGGUAUAAGAAAUCUAAAAACUAAAGAGUUGAACCAGAAGGAUGAUGACACUGAAGAUGAUAAAGUUAGAUUUAAGGAACAAUUACAAGCGAUUGGUUAUUGUGGAAGACAAGCAUUAAAUCAUUCUCUUUCAUUAUUGUCACAUUUAAUACGAGAUCGUACCUGUAAAUUACAUGAAAAUUUUAAUAAUUUAGUAAGACAUAUUGAGUCUCUGCAUACCUUAAAUAAUGCUCAUAUGGCUAGAUUAUAUGAAGACAUACACUGGCUGUUACUUGUAACAGCUCAUGUGCUUUGCAUGGAGUCUACUGGAGAGAUUGCACUAAUACCUACAGAAAUAAUAAAGUAUAGUAUGGAACAGGCGAACCAAGGAAAGAUCAAUGUAGAUCUUACACUACAACUUUUAGUAGCUUCAGAGGAUGUUUCAUCAGAUAUGAAUGUUGCUAUAGAGUCAAUCGAUCAUGUUAUUCAUUUCGUCACAAAUAUUUUUCGUUUGUGUGCUAUAGAAAAGACUGCGAUAUCUGUUGGCUUGGGCAGUGUACUAAGUCCUGUAUUAAGUUGUACUAUAGUUUGGUUUUUGCAAAGGUGGUCUUUUAGUUACCUUUUACCUAGAGAAAAAGAUUACUUUGAAAUAAGCCCCACAUUUUUGGAAGUAUUUGGAGAAGAUAGUCAUGGCGCAUUGUGGGCUAUAAACUUUCUUUUAGAUAAAAUAGAAUAUAACAUUAAUUCUUUUAGAAGUGAGCCCACAAUAAUGCAAGAAACUAUAGAACUGUUAAUAUCUCUUGUUACUUCAAAGUCAAAAGCAAUUUAUAUAUUGAAAUCUGUACGAUAUAAGUCUAUAUGGAAUCUAGCAGUAAAAGAACGGCACGACUUCUCACCGGAGGUUAAGAGAGGAUUAACGCAAGCAGUGAUUCAAUGUGAAUUCGUAGGUCUACAUUUAGGAAAAGAAAAAGAUGAAAAAGAAGAAGAGAAUUACUGGGCACGGAUUUUACAUCCGCUCGGGGACAGAUGUAUGCAAAUUAUGUCGGAUGAAAAAUUCUUAAAAUCCUAUCAUCGAGAAGAAAUUAAAGUACAAAUUAUAGAUACUUUGGAUCGUUUAAUUGGAGUUGUACAGGGAUGUGAACAUUCAAUGCAGUCGUCUGGAAUAUUGAUUCAAUGUACAUAUCCGAUACUAGAAAAACUUCCACAAUUACUAUCUUUAUAUCAUAAUUAUCAAGAAAUAGUGGAAUUAAUUUUGGAAUUACUUUAUAAAGUCUCAAAACCAACGCUUUUUCUACAGUCGUUUGAGAUCCGUAGAGAAAUACGCGAAAUAUGUUUAAACGCGAUGCAAAGAUACGUGUUUUGUAAUAGUAAUAAAUUUACAAAAGACUUAAAUUCUGAAGAAAGUUAUCAAAGUAUUCUUUUGUUAAUGAAACUGUUAAAAAAUAUGUUAAAUAUAGACGCCUUUUUACGUGGUUUUAAUAUUAUUGUACCCAUAUUGAGUAUGGAUUUAUUAAGGUUUCCGUCGUUAUGUUCGCACUACUACGAAAUUUUUGAAUCUCUUUGUAUGCGAUAUCCCAAGGAAACGUGUCAAUUAUCUCCCGAAUUAUUACGGUCACUUUUUGCAUCUGUGGAAUGGGGUUUAUUUUCCAGUGACCAAUAUACGUUUAGAUUGUGUUGUAAUAUAAUUUCCAGUUUAGCAGAGCAUAUCAAUUUGCAUACGCCAAAUAAUGGUCCACGAAAUCAGAUGCUAGUACCAUUUUUAAAUAUACUGAUGAAUGCAUUUUUGUCGAGACAAAUUAAUGCAGAUUUAAUAGGGGAAGCAAGCGGAUCCCUUCGUAAUUUAUUAAUUUGCUACCCAGAAGAAUAUAAACAAUUUGUACAAAACAUUUUAUCUACUCAGGUGGAUCAACAGUUUAUACAAAGAUUGGCGGACACUUUUACAAAACUUACUACGACUGUAAAUAAUUCAGAAGAAUUUGACACUAAUGUGAAAUUACUUGUGACACUCGGCAUUGAAUUGAAUAAAAGAUAAAAUGAAAAGCAUAACUUUGUGCAUUGCAUACAUAAUGCAUUAUCGUUCGGUAUAAAAUGUAUUUUACUAUAGAUAUUUUUUGACAAUUGUUACAUUCGAAUUAGCGUAUGCACGAUGGAGUUCUCGAAAACAUAGGUAUAAACUCACUCAACACGAUUCCCCGACGUUUAAUGAUGAAAUAAAAUGCAUUAAACAUAAUCUAGCUUGAAUGUAUCUUUUGUCCUGUACUUGAAAUGUGUUUUGCAGAAAAAGAAGUAACUUUAAGCAGUACAAAAACUUAAAGAGGCAGGUUCGCCGUGAUAAAGAUUUGUUAAGCAUACAAGCUUUUUAUUGACCGAUUUAUUACACGUUACCACUUACAGUGAGCCUAGCGAAAAUCGAAUAAUAAUAAUAAAUACAAGUUACAGCAUCGAUGCAUGUUUCUCAUAGCAAACGAUCAGAAAUGAAAACAUUUUUUUGCAAUAGAUUUUUUUAGUUACCUUAUAAACAAGUAUAUGAACUUACAUACUUGGUACAGGUCAAAUCAUCAUUAAUUUUUCGCCUCCGAAUGAUCUUUGACAUUUGACAAAAUGCUUACGUUAAUAUUAAAUUUAUUUAUAUAUUUAUAUAAUAUACUUUAUCUGUAUAAGGUGUGUAUAUAUAUACAUAUAUAUAUAUAGUUUUUUAAAUAUAUAUAUGUAUAUAUACAUAUGUAUAUAUAUGUAUAUAUAUAUGUAUAUAUAUAUAUGUAUAUAUAUAUAUGUAUAAGCAAACAUAUUCUUUCGCAUUUUCUCCCACCCUCGCGUACUUUUUCAUUCUCUCGUUUUUGCGAUCUUUCUCUCACUCUCAUUCUCUCCCUCUCUUUUUCUCUCUCUUUCUCUCUCUCCCUCUC